UCAUACUCAGUAUGUACAGUGUACAUACACACGGAAAUAAACACAUACAGAUUGUUUACACUCCACUAUUUUAUGGUCUUUAUAAUGACAUUGACUUCAUGUGUUAUACUUCUGUAUAUACAAUACAAUGGAUUAUAUGUUUUUAAAAAUCAGUUUUGUGAUUUAAGAAAUGUAAAAUGCAAGAAUGUUUGAGACUUAAAACAGGUGGAAUCUAAAUAUUUUAUUUUUAGGGUGAGAGAAAAAAAUAUUUGUCCCACAUAAAAGUACACUAAGGAAGGGUAUUUCUCAGUUAAGAAAGAAUUUAUAUUAGAAGAUAUGUCUGAUUGGUGAUGGCUUUUCACAUUUUAUGUCUGAUUGAAAGUAAGUAUCAGGUGUUAGUAAAGGAAGCUGUGAUGCAGGAAAUAGAUAUCCCUUAUUUCCAAGGAAAUUUUCAAAAAGGAAAAUUUAUGAGAAUUUAUGGUGUUUUGUAGUUUAAGUUAGCUUGGCAAACUAUAUUCCUAAUGAUUUGAGGUUUUGCACUCAUUGUUUAUUUUACUAUUUCCAUGUGUGUAUAUAGAAUUUUAGUUAAUCUAGUUCUUAGGAAAAUGAUUUUGGAAAAUAAUACAAUAUUUUUCUUUUUUUAACUGACUUGACCUGACUAUAUAUCAGAUUUGUUUGUUUA